GCUGCUUGUAUCUACAAGAAAAAGUGGCUUCCACCUUCUCUUUCAGCCUCUGUCAACCCACCACGACCGUCUUCGCAGCCCUACACCAACAGCAACGGUGGCCUUCAAGCACGCUCUGCCUUGAGCGCUGAUAAUGAUGCCAAGCUCGUUUUCGGGACGGUUUUUUCACUGCGAAAUAUAGUGCGGAAGUUAGGGGGAGAAGAUGACAGUUUCCUUUCCUACCGAACGUCGCAAUACAAGCUCCACUACUACGAGACUCCGACCAAUAUCAAGUUCGUUAUGCUCACAGACACAAAGUCCGGUUCCAUGCGAAUAGCACUACAACAAAUCUACGUCAAUUGCUACGUGGAGUUUGUGGUUAAGAACCCACUGUCGCCGGUUGAACAUCCUGGUGGUUUGGGCGUCAACAAUGAGCUCUUCGAAGCAAGCUUAGAACAAUUCGUGGUAUGUCCUGAUUCU